AUGGCCAACUCGUCUCUGCCCACCCUCGUGCCUCUGGGCCCCCAGUGCCUGCGGCCCUUCACCCGGGAGUCCUUGGUGGCCAUAGAGCGGCGGGCAGUGGAGGAGGAGGCCCGGCUGCAGCGGAACAAGCAGAUGGAGAUCGAGGAGCCCGAACGGAAGCCACGCAGUGACCUGGAGGCCGGCAAGAAUCUGCCCCUCAUCUACGGGGACCCCCCGCCUGAGGUCAUCGGCAUCCCCCUGGAAGACCUGGACCCCUACUACAGCGACAAGAAGACCUUCAUCGUCCUCAACAAGGGCAAGGCCAUCUUCCGCUUCUCUGCCACUCCUGCCCUCUAUAUACUGAGCCCCUUCAGCAUCGUCAGGCGUGGCGCCAUCAAGGUGCUCAUUCACUCGCUGUUCAGCAUGUUCAUCAUGAUCACCAUCCUGACCAACUGCGUGUUCAUGACCAUGAGUAACCCGCCCCCCUGGUCCAAGAACGUGGAAUAUACCUUCACAGGGAUCUACACCUUUGAGUCCCUCAUCAAGAUGCUGGCCCGAGGUUUCUGCAUUGAUGACUUCACAUUCCUCCGGGACCCCUGGAACUGGCUGGACUUCAGCGUCAUCACGAUGGCGUACCUAACAGAGUUUGUGGACUUGGGUAACAUCUCAGCACUGAGGACCUUCCGGGUGUUGCGGGCCCUGAAAACCAUCACGGUCAUCCCAGGGCUGAAGACAAUCGUGGGGGCCCUGAUCCAGUCGGUGAAGAAGCUGUCGGAUGUGAUGAUCCUGACCGUCUUCUGCCUGAGCGUGUUCGCGCUCGUGGGGCUGCAGUUGUUCAUGGGGAACCUGCGGCAGAAGUGUGUGCGUUGGCCCCCGCCCUUCAAUGACACCAACACCACGUGGUAUGGCAAUGACACCUGGGAUGGCAAUGCCACGUGGGAUGGCCAAGAGAGCUGGGCUAGCAACUCCACCUUUGACUGGGAAGCCUACAUCAAUGACGAAGGAAACUUCUACUUCUUGGAGGGUGCCAACGAUGCCCUGCUCUGUGGGAACAGCAGUGAUGCGGGGCACUGCCCCGAGGGCUAUGAGUGCAUCAAGGCUGGACGGAAUCCCAACUAUGGCUAUACCAGCUAUGACACCUUCAGCUGGGCCUUCCUCGCUCUCUUCCGCCUCAUGACCCAGGACUACUGGGAGAACCUCUUCCAGCUGACCCUUCGAGCAGCUGGCAAGACCUACAUGAUCUUCUUCGUCGUCAUCAUCUUCUUGGGCUCUUUCUACCUCAUCAACCUGAUCCUGGCCGUGGUGGCCAUGGCCUAUGCAGAGCAGAAUGAGGCCACACUGGCUGAGGACCAGGAGAAGGAGGAGGAGUUUCAGCAAAUGCUGGAGAAGUUCAAGAAGCAGCAGGAGGAGCAGGAAAAGGCCAAGGCUGCCCAGGCCCUGGAAGGUGGGGAGGCAGACGGGGACCCAGCCCACAGCAAAGACUGCAACGGCAGCCUGGACACAGCGCCAGGGGAGAAGGGCGCCCCAAGACAGAGCUGCAGUGCUGAAAGCGCCAUCUCGGACGCUAUGGAGGAGCUGGAAGAGGCCCACCAGAAGUGCCCACCUUGGUGGUACAAGUGUGCCCACAAAGUGCUCAUAUGGAACUGCUGCGCCCCUUGGGUGAAGUUCAAGAACAUCAUUCACCUGAUCGUCAUGGACCCCUUUGUGGACCUGGGCAUCACCAUCUGCAUCGUGCUCAACACCCUCUUCAUGGCCAUGGAGCACUACCCCAUGACAGAACACUUUGACAAUGUCCUCUCUGUGGGCAACCUGGUCUUCACCGGCAUCUUCACGGCAGAGAUGGUUCUGAAGCUGAUCGCCAUGGACCCCUACGAAUAUUUCCAGCAAGGCUGGAACAUCUUCGACAGCAUCAUUGUCACCCUCAGCCUGGUGGAGCUGGGGCUGGCCAAUGUGCAGGGGCUGUCCGUGCUCCGCUCCUUCCGUCUGCUGCGGGUCUUCAAGCUGGCCAAGUCAUGGCCGACACUCAACAUGCUCAUCAAGAUCAUCGGCAACUCAGUGGGGGCACUGGGCAACCUGACGUUGGUGUUGGCCAUCAUCGUGUUCAUCUUCGCCGUGGUGGGCAUGCAGCUGUUCGGCAAGAGCUACAAGGAGUGCGUGUGCAAGAUCGCCUCGGACUGCAGCCUGCCCCGCUGGCAUAUGCACGACUUCUUCCACUCCUUCCUCAUCGUCUUCCGCAUCCUCUGCGGGGAGUGGAUUGAGACCAUGUGGGACUGCAUGGAGGUGGCCGGCCAGGCCAUGUGCCUCACCGUCUUCCUCAUGGUCAUGGUCAUCGGCAACCUUGUGGUCCUGAACCUGUUCUUGGCCCUGCUUCUGAGCUCCUUCAGUGCCGACAGCCUGGCAGCCUCAGAUGAGGAUGGCGAGAUGAACAACCUGCAGAUCGCCAUAGGUCGCAUCAAGUGGGGCAUCGGCUUCGCCAAGGCUUUCCUCCUGGGGCUGCUGCAUGGCAAGGUGUUGAGCCCCAAGGAUAUCAUGCUCAGCCUGGGGAAGCCCGGGGGUGCUGGAGAGGCUGGGGAGAGCACCCCCGAGGAUGAGAAGAAGGAACCGCCCCCCGAGGAGGAAGACAGAGACAUGAAGAAGGAUAACCACAUCCUGAACCACGUGGGCCUGACUGACGGCCCCCGCUCCAGCAUCGAGCUGGACCAUCUCAACUUCAUCAACAACCCCUACUUGACCAUACAGGUGCCCAUCGCCUCCGAGGAGUCCGACCUGGAGAUGCCCACAGAGGAGGAGACUGACACCUUCUCAGAGCCUGAGGACAUGAAGAAGCCACUGCCGCCGCCGCCCCCAGACGGGAACUCCUCCGUCUGCAGCACAGCUGACUACAAACCCCCUGAGGAGGACCCCGAGGAGCAAGCGGAGGAAAACCCUGAUGGCGAGCAGCCAGAGGAGUGCUUCACAGAGGCCUGUGUGCAGCGCUGUCCCUUCCUCUACGUGGACGUGUCCAAGGGCCGCGGAAAGCAGUGGUGGACGCUGCGCAGGGCCUGCUUCAAGAUUGUCGAACACAACUGGUUCGAGACCUUCAUUGUCUUCAUGAUCCUGCUCAGCAGUGGGGCCCUGGCCUUCGAGGACAUCUACAUUGAGCAGCGGCGGGUCAUCCGCACCAUCCUGGAGUACGCUGACAAGGUCUUCACCUACAUCUUCAUCAUGGAGAUGCUGCUGAAGUGGGUGGCCUACGGCUUCAAGGUGUACUUCACCAACGCCUGGUGCUGGCUCGACUUCCUCAUUGUGGACGUCUCCAUCAUCAGCUUGGUGGCCAACUGGCUGGGCUACUCAGAGCUGGGACCCAUCAAAUCUCUGAGGACACUGCGGGCCCUGCGUCCCCUGCGGGCACUCUCCCGAUUCGAGGGCAUGAGGGUGGUGGUGAAUGCUCUCCUGGGUGCCAUCCCCUCCAUCAUGAAUGUGCUGCUUGUGUGCCUCAUCUUCUGGCUCAUCUUCAGCAUCAUGGGCGUCAACCUGUUUGCGGGCAAAUUCUACUACUGCAUCAACACCACCACCUCUGAAAGGUUCGACAUCUCCGAGGUCAACAACAAGUCCGAGUGUGAGAGCCUAAUGCACACAGGCCAGGUCCGCUGGCUCAACGUCAAGGUCAACUACGACAACGUGGGCCUGGGCUACCUCUCCCUGCUGCAGGUGGCCACCUUUAAGGGCUGGAUGGACAUCAUGUAUGCAGCUGUGGACUCCCGGGAGAAGGAGGAACAGCCGCAGUAUGAGGUGAACUUGUACAUGUACCUCUACUUCGUCAUCUUCAUCAUCUUUGGGUCCUUCUUCACCCUCAACCUCUUCAUUGGUGUCAUCAUUGACAACUUCAACCAGCAGAAGAAAAAGUUUGGAGGGAAAGACAUCUUCAUGACGGAGGAGCAGAAGAAAUACUACAAUGCUAUGAAGAAGCUCGGCUCCAAGAAGCCUCAGAAGCCAAUCCCCCGGCCCCAGAACAAGAUCCAGGGCAUGGUGUAUGACUUCGUCACGAAGCAGAUGUUUGACAUCACCAUCAUGAUCCUCAUCUGCCUCAACAUGGUCACCAUGAUGGUGGAGACGGAUGACCAGAGCGAGCUCAAGGUGGACAUCCUCUACAACAUCAACAUGAUCUUCAUCAUCAUCUUCACGGGAGAGUGCGUGCUCAAGAUGAUCGCCCUGCGCCAGUACUACUUCACCGUCGGCUGGAACAUCUUUGACUUCGUGGUGGUCAUCCUGUCCAUUGUGGGCCUUGCACUCUCUGACCUGAUCCAGAAGUACUUCGUGUCCCCGACCCUGUUCCGUGUGAUCCGCCUGGCACGCAUCGGGCGGGUCCUGCGCCUGAUCCGUGGGGCCAAGGGCAUCCGGACGCUGCUCUUCGCCCUCAUGAUGUCUCUACCGGCCCUCUUCAACAUCGGCCUCCUCCUUUUCCUCGUCAUGUUCAUCUACUCUAUCUUCGGCAUGUCCAACUUUGCCUACGUCAAGAAGGAGUCGGGCAUUGAUGACAUGUUCAACUUUGAGACCUUCGGCAACAGCAUCAUCUGCCUCUUCGAGAUCACCACGUCGGCCGGCUGGGAUGGGCUGCUCAACCCCAUCCUCAACAGUGGGCCCCCGGACUGCGACCCCACACUCGAGAAUCCAGGCACCAGCAUCAGGGGCGACUGUGGCAACCCCUCCAUCGGCAUCUGCUUCUUCUGCAGCUACAUCAUCAUCUCCUUCCUCAUCGUGGUCAACAUGUACAUCGCCAUCAUCCUGGAGAACUUCAACGUGGCCACCGAGGAGAGCAGCGAGCCUCUGGGUGAGGAUGAUUUCGAGAUGUUCUACGAGACGUGGGAGAAGUUCGACCCUGACGCCACCCAGUUCAUCGACUACAGUCGCCUCUCUGACUUCGUGGACACGCUGCAGGAGCCGCUAAGGAUCGCCAAGCCCAACAAGAUCAAGCUCAUCACGCUGGACCUGCCCAUGGUGCCAGGGGAUAAGAUCCACUGCCUCGACAUCCUCUUUGCCCUGACCAAGGAGGUGCUGGGUGACUCUGGGGAAAUGGACGCCCUCAAGGAGACCAUGGAGGAGAAGUUCAUGGCAGCCAACCCGUCCAAGGUCUCCUACGAGCCCAUCACCACCACCCUCAAGAGGAAACACGAGGAGGUGUGUGCUAUCAAGAUCCAGAGGGCCUAUCGCCGCCACCUGCUACAGCGCUCUGUCAAGCAGGCCUCCUACAUGUACCGCCACGGCCAGGACGGCACAGGGGGUGGGGCCCCAGAGAAGGAGGGACUGAUCGCCGAGGCCAUGAGCAAGAUGUAUGGCCCUGAGAACGGGGCCAGCCUUGUGCAGCGUAAGGAAGCAGAGGAGAAGGGCUCCCCUGAGGAUGUUAGCCCUGCCAGGGAGCACACACCUGUCAGCCACUCAGAGUCUGCCCUCCCUUCAACCCCUGCACCAGGACAGACUGUACGCCCAGGGGUCAAAGAGUCUCUGGUCUAGUGGGCAGCAUGGAGGUGGUCUAGCCAAGUCUUGACACAACCCCCAGAGCUCCCAGAAGUGCCUGCAUACUGAGCGAAGGGGCAGGGUUUUGAGCCUGUGACUGUGUAUGUGUCCAUCUGUCUGACUGGCUCCCUGCUGGGGGACAGGAUUUGGCCAUACCUAGGCAGACAACCAGCCCCAUGCACCUGCCGUCCCAGGCCGUGGGAAAUGAGAACUGCACCCAGGGGCUCCAAGCUGGGCCUGUGGCCCCUGCCACCAAUUUUUGCCUUCAAGUUUGUCUUACCUCUUCCCAGCACAGCCACCAUGCUGUCAGCUGGGAAAGGAGAACCCCUGCACCCUGCUGGGGGACCAGCCGGCCUAUCCUCCUGUCACCACAGUCUUAAGGGCUGCUGGUCCCUUCCCAGGAAGUGGCUUAGGCACCCCUUCUCCCAGCCACCCUGGACAGAGACCUCCUAACCAGACCCAGGCUGCUGCCAGCCUGCCUCUUCUGCCUCCAGGGUGGGGAGCAGCAGGGCCAGGAAUUCCUCAGGAUUCAGCAAGUGCUCCCAAGCCAGCUUGGCCCCUGGGUCUUGCUGGUUGCACCGGGCAGGGGUUGAGACCCUGAACCAUUU